AUGACUUCGUUAGCUGCUGCUCAAGUUCAGGAAGUUCGAUCAAUAACAAGGAUUGAACGGAUUGGAGCGCAUUCUCAUAUACGAGGGCUUGGCUUAGAUGAUGCAUUGGAACCCAGGGCUGUCUCUCAAGGCAUGGUGGGCCAGAAGAUGGCAAGGAAAGCUGCUGGAGUCAUAUUACAGAUGAUAAGGGAAGGUAAAAUAGCAGGCCGUGCUGUAUUGUUGGCUGGACAACCAGGAACUGGCAAGACAGCUAUCGCUAUGGGACUUGCACAAGCCUUGGGACCAGAUACACCUUUUACAAGCAUGGCUGGGUCCGAGAUAUAUUCGUUGGAAAUGAGCAAGACGGAGGCAUUGACGCAGGCAAUUCGGAAGUCAAUCGGUAUUAGAAUAAAAGAAGAGUCAGAGAUCAUAGAAGGAGAGGUGGUUGAAGUUGUGGUGGAGCGUGGUAUCGGAGCAGGUGGUGCCAGGACCGGUCGGUUGACCUUGAAGACAACCGACAUGGAGACGACUGCGCCCUACUCCCACCAAGAGCUGAGAGAGAUAUUGAACAUUCGAUGUGAGGAGGAAGACUGUCAGAUGUCGGCAGACGCUCUGACGGUGUUGACGCGAGUGGCCACAGAGACAUCACUUCGGUAUGCCAUCCAGCUGAUCACGACGGCAUCUCUGGUCGCCAGGAGACGAAAGGCCACCGAGGUGAGCAUGGAGGACGUUAAGAAGGUAUACUCGUUGUUCCUGGACGAGCACAGAUCUGAGCAGUUCCUCAAGGAAUACCAGGACGAGUUCAUGUUCAACGACGGAUCGGGGGGUGAGUUGAAGACUACCAAAUUUCGCAACUUGACUUGA